AUGAGCGCUUCCAAGCUAGAGAUCCCAGGCUUUACGACCAUCUCUGACCAAAUCUUUGAGCGCAGAGUGGACACCAACAGUGCCAGUCCAGAUUCUCACCCUCAUAUGGUACUCAUAUUUGGUUGGGGGGACGGCCUGCCAAAGCAUGUCCUGAGAUAUUCGCAAGGAUACCAGGCCAUGUUUCCGAAUGCCACCCAGUUCAUCAUCCUCGCGAAGAUUGUGCGUGUUCUUAGCAGCGACCUGCCUCAAAGUUCCGCAGCCAUGAGGCCACUUAUCAAGGCCGCAUUCGGUCCGGGAGAUCCUGAUGAGAAACGAAUACUGGUUCAUUGCAUGUCAGAUUCUGGUGGAAUCAACUACGCGGCGACCCUCAAUGAGUACCGCUCCCAAUUUAGCAGACCUCUACCGCAUCAACUACUUGUACUCGAUUCAUCGCCAGGCACCUCACAACCAUCGCUCUUCGACCUGGCAAAGUUUUCUGUGGCAUUGGCACCUGGCUUUACACCACAAACUCCAUGGCAUACGAUGUUUGCCCAGGGUCUGACCGCCGCAUUCCUCGCCAGCCAUGGGAUGCUUGAACUCCUGAAUGGCAGGGAUGCUUCGCCAGUAUACUGUAACCCAGUUCUCAACGACCCUUUCUUCGAAACUAAGGAGGCAAGUCGAUUAUAUCUGUACAGCAAGGCGGAUGAUAUGGUACGUUGGGAACAUGUCGUGCAGCAUGAAACACAGGCAAGCCAAUGUGGCUACAAGGCCAGCAUGAAGCUUUUCUAUGGCAGCAAGCAUGUUGGGCAUAUGCCUAUGUACCCGGACCAGUAUUGGGCUUCAAUUGCAAAGGCAUGGAAGGCAUCGGCUGAGCAGUCGAUUAGCGCUCGCCUGUAG